AUGCCAAAGUCAAAACUACAUAAAGACACAGCUCAUGUCGGUCAACCAUUUCCAGAGUCGUCAUCUUCAUCGGAAUAUAAAGCUAGGGUGCCUGGCCUAAUGUUUAUAUCGCUGCAGUUUGGGGCGACAAGAUAUGCAGUUGUUCUUUGUACUAAAGAAGAAGGCUUCGAAAAGGGAUCUUACAUAGAGGUACCUAAAUCAUGGAAAAACUUAAUUCGCGAAGAUUGCUCAAAUGCCAACGUUGAAGGCAACUUAGUAGUGCGAGAUAUACGGUGGGGAGACGAAAUUGUUCUGAAAUCAAUAGUCACAUCCACAGCAGUCACUGAAGUUGAGAAGAGGGAGCCAGUUGAUCUCUCGCUAGAUACCAAAUUUUGUGCAGAUGCCACCGGAUUCUCGUGCGAUCGUUGCGGCAAGGUGUUCAGUUACUCCUACUAUCGCGAUAAACACCUUAAGUACACUAGAUGCGUCGAUAACGGCGACAGGAAGUACCCGUGCCCGAUCUGCCCGAGAUCCUUCGAGAAAAGGGACCGACUUCGAAUUCAUAUACUACAUGUGCAUGAAAACCAUCGCCCCCAUUUAUGCACAGUGUGCGGCAAAGCUUUCAGCCAAUCAAGUAGUCUCAACAAGUUUAACUACAGUUGGUGGAAAUUUGUAGCGAAAGCUAAUAGCUCGAUAUUCUUGGACUUAGGACUUAUACCAAGAUCAAAAAGGUGGCAGUUUGUUUUACAGCAUCUACGUGUCCACUCUGGAGAGCGACCAUACAAGUGUUCAUUUUGUCCAAAAGCUUUUACAGCAUCUUCAAUACUUCGCACUCAUAUACGUCAGCACAGCGGUGAAAAACCUUUUAAGUGCGCAUUCUGCGGAAAACCCUUUGCAUCUCAUGCUGCUCAUGAUAGCCAUGUUCGGCGCACACAUGGUGUCAAUAAAGAAUGA